AUGCAGGAAACAGCAAAACAAAACCAGCAAACAGUAUUUACAGUUGAAGAUAAAGAGCAAACACAAGUUACGAAAUAUGAAAACAAUGAAGUGCCGUUUGAGGAAGCAUUAAAUAUGACAGGUGUAGGUCGCUACACCGUGGGUCUGUUCGUGGCGUGCGUGGUGACCGUGCUGGCCAUGGCGAUGGAGACGUUCGGCACCAGCUACGUGGCCACGGCCUGCGCCUGCGACCUGCGCCUCUCCACCGCCACCAAGGGACUCGUGUCCGCCAUGCCCAUGCUGGGCAUAGUGCUCUCGUCGCACCUGUGGGGCUGGCUGGCGGACACGCGCGGGCGCCGCUUCGUGCUGCUGGUGUCCAUGGGCGGCUGCUUCGUGGCCGCGCUCGCCAGCAGUCUGGCUAACAAUUGGGUCACCCUCGCUGUCUUCAAAUUUGUCGCUGCCUUCUUUGCCUCAGCAUCCAAUGCGGUGUCGUACGCACUGCUCGGCGAGAGCACCCCCACGUCGCACCGACACACGCUCGUCAUGAUGAUGACCAGCGGACUCAUGCUCGCGCAGUUUGUCAUGUCUGUGAACGCGUACCCUAUUCUACGACUAAGUUUCGACCUACCUCUCUACGGCAGCAUGCGAUAUAGACCCUGGCGACUGCUGGAACAGGUGUUCGGGGUGUGGUCGGGGGUGGCUGCACUGAUCAUGCUGGUGUUUGUGAAGGAGAGCCCCAAGUUCUACGCCAGCCAGGGCCGCCCCGACAUGAGCGUGAAGAUCUUGGCGGAAAUAUACGCGGUCAAUACUGGCAAGAGCCAGGACAGUUAUGCGGUGAAGUCGAUAAGUUUCCACGAGACCCUGGCGUCCACUAAGCAGACCAAUGUGCUGCGAUCCAUGUGGGACCAGACCACGCCGCUAUUCCGCAAACCACUGCUAUUCAAGACUAUCAUCAUCCUGUACAUUGUCAUACUUGUGUACUCUAUCUCGCCAGCUUUCCUCAUGUGGAUGCCGACGCUGGCCACCGCGUUCUCCCGCGCCACCGCCGCCGGCGCCACUGACGCCAACUUCUGUCAGUUGUUGCACUACGCCAACCAGGCCGCGCCAGGCGUGGCCAAUGGAACUGUUGUUGCUACAACCAAAUGCGUGGACACUGUGGAAGACCUAGCAUUCAUAACUAUGAUAGCGUUCUCAAUAACAAUGGCAUCAGUCAACAUGCUUAACUCGUACUUAACCCGCUAUGUGGGUAAACGAGCCCUUGUGAUCUUCUUACAUCUACUGGGAGGGACUUGCGGCCUGGUGCUACCCUGGGUGUAUAACUCUACAGCCAGUCUGAUCGUGUUCUUUCUGUUUCAAGCGAAUUUAAUAGCUAUGGGCCUUACUACAGGAUUCACUGUGGAAGUAUAUCCUACUUAUUUGAGAGCGAUGGCGGUGUGCCUGACGAUGAUGGUGGGGCGCGGCUCCUCGUUCCUCGUCAUCAGCUACGUGGGGGUGCUCAUGGAGACUCACUGCGACUACACCUUCUACGCUUUCGGAGUCAUCGUACUGUCGGGUGCACUAGUCGGCUUGUGGCUGCCCUCAGAGCUGAAGCCUGGACCCGACAGCGCGGCAGGGAGCGACGGCAGCAGCCCAACAACAGUCGAACAAGUCAAGAAGGUCUAGCUAGUCCAUCAAUGAUGUCAAUGCAAUACAGGG